CACACAUUUCUUACAUGGUAUUUGCGCGCCGGCCGUGACAGUCACCAUGUUCCUGCCGGCAAUUUUCCUGCUACUAGCGACCAGUGAAGCGAGUAGACACAGAAGGUACCUAGUGUACCCCGACGGAGGCCCCGCAAGAGCUCAGUUCAUUAUUGGUCUUGGUGUUCCCGUAGAUCUAAAGGAGCAAUCUGUAACAGUCGGAACAGUUAUAAAAUUCCAAUAUGAUUUGCCAACGAACAGUACAGAAUACACGAGCAGAAUUUAUGGCUUCGUCAACACAGUUUCUAGGGACAUGGACGGGAACCUUCCAAACGAAGACGUAGAAACAAAUGAGAUAGCCGAUGAUUCUAGAAAUUUUGACGAAGCAGGAGAUAUUGAACACAAUGAGACGGAAAGAGACAACGAUACUUUAGUCGAUAUCACUUUUGAUGAGAACAGACGUAAAAGAUCUCUAGUUUAUACAGAAGGUGGAAUUAUUGAUGGUGUUAAUGUCGAAGGUAGAACGGAGCUGCCUUUAGAAGAAGCCAUCAGACGUCAAGAAUUGAUAGAUCAAAAUAAUUUGGAGGUAGAAGAACCGCAGAGAAUGAAUAGAUGGGAUUUCUAUAAGAUAUUGGAACACAUGGUAGAAAGGUACGGUUACACAGGGCGGCCCUGCCUGCUUCGAACAAUCUGCGAAGCGGCCGUGGUUCCUUUCACACACGAAAACGGUUUGCUUGGAGAAAUUGGACAUAUACUAUUCACACCAUCGUCAACUAAAGAUACACUGUCCCAUCAUACGGAUAAUGAGUACCACGCAGCAGAAAGGCUUGGGAGGGAGGCUGGAGUGGACUGCGAGAGCCUCUUCCCAGAAUGCGAAGGUUCUGUUCUCGAGACCUUUACUACGAUAGGAGAGCAGACGUUGCAGAAAUUUGGAUACAUCUAAUUGAUAGAAUUAUUGUUGAUUUAACUCUUGCUUCUACCAUUUUUAUUUUCAUUCGUAAUACGUUUUAUUAUUUCUAAUAUCUUAAUAUUGUGUUUUUUAUUUUUGAAAUUGUUUGAUGUGGAGCAAAGAGUGACAAUAUAAUAAAGAGAUUUAUAAGCAAGAGGUUACUUUCGGAUGUGUAAUCAGUUUGGUAAAAAUUAAUAGUAUUCCCAGAAGUAUCGGUUUUAGAGGUGAUAAAGUAAUUCUGGAUGUCGACCGUUUAAAAUGCUUGACAUGCAGAAUACUAGCGUGUUUGAUUUUUAAUAAUAAAAUUAAU